UCAAGCAAUCCUCCUUCAAAAUGUUCAAAUUCGUUGCCCUCUUUGCUUUAUUGGCUGUUGCCGCUGCUGCCCCAGGUUUGAUUACCGAAACCCAUCAUGUUGUCCAGCCCGUGGUGACCAAGACAGCCUAUGUUGAUAACAGUGCCUCCUCGGCCAUUACCCAUCAAAGUUUCACCAAUUUGGAGAGGAAAGUACCUGUAGUCCACACAGUUGCCGCUGCUCACUUGGUCAAGACUGUUGCCGCCGCUCCCGUAGUCCAUACCUAUGCUGCUGCUCCUGUCCUUAAGACUGUUGCCACCCCUGUUGUUCACACCUAUGCUGCUGCUCCUGUUGUUAAGACUGUAGCUGCUCCUGUAGUUCAUACUUACGCUGCUGCUCCAGUUGUCCAUGCUGCUCCCUUGGUAAAGACUGUUGUCUCUGCUCCCGUUGCCUACACUGCUUUCCAUUAAGAGGA